UAACAUCCGCUUUCAGUGCAAAACGCAAUGUGAGUGCUGAACGCUUUCAUAUGGCUGCACAUCGCUACAUAGCUGCUACUAUUACCGCAACUGCUCUUACUUAACGCCAGGUUGCCUAAUUACGCUAAUCGCUGUGGGUUUUUUCUUGUCCUUUUUUUUUUUUUUUUUUCUGUUACAGAGAGACAGAACAAUGCACGGAACAAGCCCCUCUGUCUGUAGGAACCUGGUAGAUCUGUGCACCGAGAGAUGAUAUGGCAGAAUUGCGUGCAAAUGUUACAACGAGGCAAUAGGCCAGGCAGGAAAUUGGAGUAAAGCUGAAACAUAAGGCUUUGCUACCAAACAGCUUGCCAGCUUGUGUGUGUGUGUGUGUGUGUGUGUGUGUGUUGUGUGGUGCUCGAAGUGCCUAUGGCGGAGUUUGGGGAGGACAGCAGCCUGCCUCCAUUGAAUCUUGGGGAUACGGCCGUGCCCAGCGACGAAGCAGCUGGCAAGACGCAUUGCGAAGUGUCGGUCUUGAAUGGAGACUGUGGGAUAUCAGAAAAUAUGGUCGGUUCGGGAUCUGUCGUCGCACCUGGCAGCCAAGCCGGAGUGGAAACCGCCAACACCUCUGUCGGAUUGGAUGCCAAAUCCGAAAUACCACGCAGGAGCAGCAUUAUCAAGGAUGGCUCAAGACAGCGUAAAGAAAGAAAGAAGACUGUAUCAUUCAGCAGCAUGCCCACUGAGAAGAAAAUCAGCAGUGCAAGCGACUGCAUCAGUGCAAUGGUGGAUGGAUCUGAGCUGAAGAAAGUGCGAUCCAAUUCACGCAUCUACCACCGCUACUUUCUCCUUGAUGCUGACAUGCAGUCAUUGAGAUGGGAGCCCUCAAAGAAGGAAUCAGAAAAGGCCAAAAUUGAUGUAAAAUCCAUCAAGGAGGUUCGGACAGGGAAAAAUACGGACACUUUUAGAACUAAUGGAACCUAUGAUCAGAUAUCAGAGGACUGUGCUUUCUCAAUCAUCUUUGGGGAGAACUAUGAGUCCCUGGACUUGGUGGCAAACACUGCAGAUGUAGCCAACAUAUGGGUUACAGGGCUGAGGUACCUGAUCUCCUAUGGGAAACAUACCUUAAAUAUGAUAGAGAGCAGUCAGAACAACAUGCGCUCAUCGUGGCUAGGUGAACUGUUUGAUGAGGCAGACAGUAAUAACAACAAACAAAUAACAAUAUGUGCUGCUGUGCAGCUAGUCAAAAAGUUGAACCCAGGACUUAAAAAUGUGAAAAUAGAACUAAAGUUCAAGGAGCUUCACAAAGCUAAGGACAAAACAGGUUCUGAUGUGACAAAAGAGGAGUUCAUUGAGGUCUUUCAUGAUCUUUGCACCAGACCAGAAAUUUAUUUUCUGUUUGUUCAGUUCUCCAGUAACAAAGAAUUUCUGGAUACCAAGGACUUGAUGAUAUUUCUGGAGGCAGAGCAGGGUAUGGCACAAGUCAGUGAAGACACCAGCUUAGAGGUCAUUCAGAAAUAUGAACCGUCUAAGGAGGGCCAGCUCAAGGGCUGGCUUUCUCUUGAUGGGUUCACCAACUAUCUUAUGUCUCCAGAGUGCCAUAUAUUUGACCCUGAACAAAAAACAACAUGCCAAGACAUGAACCAGCCCUUGUCCCACUAUUACAUCAAUGCAUCCCACAACACAUAUCUGAUAGAAGAUCAGUUUCGAGGUCCCUCUGAUGUGACAGGGUACAUCCGUGCCCUCAAGAUGGGUUGCCGUAGUGUAGAGCUGGAUGUGUGGGAUGGGCCUGAUAAUGAACCUGUUAUUUACACUGGUCACACGAUGACAUCUCAGAUUGUUUUUCGCAGUGUCAUUGACGUCAUCAACAAGUAUGCCUUUGUUGCGUCCGAGUUUCCACUGAUCCUGUGUUUAGAAAAUCAUUGUUCCUUAAAGCAGCAGAGAGUCAUGUUUCAGCACCUAAAGAAGAUCCUUGGAGACAAGAUCCAACUAGAUCCUCCAAAACCAGAGGACUGCUACCUCCCCUCUCCAUUUGAAUUGAAGGGAAAGAUCCUACUGAAGGGUAAGAAACUGAGCACGAACUGCACGGCUUCAGAAGGUGAGGUGACGGAUGAGGACGAGGGGGCAGAGAUGUCUCAAAGGAUGAGCAUUGAGUCUGCGGAACAACAGACUUUCGCACCCAAGAAAUUCCAACUGUCGAAGGACCUCUCUGAUCUGGUGACCUUGUGUAAGUCCGUGGAGUUCAAAGACUUCCCAACAUCUUUCCAGAGCCAGAAGCAAUGGGAGCUGUGCUCUUUCAAUGAGGUCUUUGCCAGUCGCUGCGCCAGCGACUUCCCAGGUGACUUUGUUAACUACAACAAGAAGUUCCUAGCACGGGUUUAUCCUAGCCCUAUGCGGAUUGACUCCAGCAACAUGAAUCCACAAGAUUUCUGGAAGUGUGGUUGCCAGAUUGUGGCAAUGAACUACCAGACCCCUGGUCUGAUGAUGGACCUAAACAUUGGCUGGUUCCGUCAGAAUGGGAACUGCGGCUAUGUGCUGCGUCCAGCGAUCAUGAGGGAGCAGGUUUCAUAUUUUAGUGCCAACACGAAAGAUUCAGUGCCUGGUGUUUCCCCACAGCUCUUACACAUCAAGAUCAUCAGUGGACAGAACUUCCCAAAACCCAAAGGCUCAGGUGCCAAAGGAGACGUAGUAGACCCCUAUGUGUAUGUGGAAAUACACGGCAUUCCUGCUGACUGCGCUGAACAAAGGACUAAAACUGUCAACCAGAAUGGGGACAACCCUCUGUUUGAUGAGAGCUUUGAGUUCCAGAUAAAUCUCCCCGAGCUCGCAAUGGUGCGCUUUGUGGUGCUAGAUGACGACUAUAUUGGUGAUGAAUUUAUCGGCCAAUAUACAAUCCCCUUUGAGUGUCUCCAACCAGGAUUUCGCCAUGUACCGCUACAAUCUCUGACAGGGGAAGUUCUGCCACAUACCUUGUUGUUUGUUCAUGUGGCCAUAACCAAUCGAAGAGGAGGCGGCAAACCACACAAAAGGGGACUGUCUGUACGAAAGGGCAAGAGAAGUAGAGAGUAUGCCAGCAUGAGAGUGCUAGUGAUCAAGGCUGUGGAUGAUGUCUUCAAAACAGCCCUGCUGCCACUGAGGGAGGCCACCGACCUCAGAGAAAACAUGCAGAAUGCCAUUGUGUCCUUUAAAGAGCUGUGUGGCCUUUCAGCAGUGGCUAACCUGAAGCAGUGCAUCUUGGCCCUUUCCCCUCGACUGACUGGAACUGACAACAGCCCCCUUCUGUUGUUCAACCUUGUUGACCAGUACCCUAACUUGGAGCCCCAAGGCCUGCUACCAGAAGUCCUGAAGAAAGUCGUAACCACCUAUGACAUGGUAAUCCAGACCAGCAAGACUCUGCUAGAGAACUCUGAAGGAGUGUAUGAGAGAAUUCUACAAACCCAAAAAUCAGCGAUGGAAUUUCACGAGAACCUCCAUGACUUGGCUGUGAAGGAAGGGUUGAAGGGCAGGAAACUGCACAAGGCGGUUGAGAGCUUCACGUGGAACAUCACCAUACUGAAGGGUCAGGCAGACCUACUGAAGCACGCCAGGAGUGAAGUCCAGGAGAACCUCAAGCAGAUCCACUAUGCUGCGCUCACCUGUAACCUGAGUAAAGGCAGACCGGGAGGCGACUCUUCCGGCUCCGAGUCCAAGAGCAGACGCAGCCUCGAGGCCAUUCCCGAGAAGGCCACAGCAGAGGAAGAGCUAACAGAUGAGGAAAACUGAAGACCUGCAGUCCUGCUCUGGUGCUCUCCUGGCACCCACAUUUAGACCUCUACUCUGUUCCUGCCUACUGAGCUCAAAACCCAAAGCUCUUUGUGUCUUUAUCCUGGCAUCACAGCUCUACACACACACACACCAGUAUUUUUCCACAUUCCAUCGUGUACAUUCCUGUAUCCCAAGCACAGCUGUAACCUCUCAGACGUCUGCCUUGUAAUCAUCAAUAAAAUUCCACCACUACUCCGGGACACAUAUCCUGCCCAAAGUUCAGACCACAUGAACUUCAGAGAAGUUUUGGGGAACAUGCUGAAAUGGAUGUUAUGUAGAAACACUGAUGAUUAUCAGUGACAGACAUAAAUCCUAAUUUUCCCUAGCAUAAAACCAUCUACAGUCCUAAUGCAUCAGUUUGCCACCCUCCCUUCACUCCUCUGACCCAGUCUCUCAUUUCCUGGGUGAGUUGGGAGAGCCGAGGGAACUACCAGCCACGUGACCGUUUAAGACAUUGACCUACUGUUCAGAGACACUGCACUUCUACUCAGCAGACCGGGGUGUUACCCGAGGAGACAAAUAAAAAGAGAAGAGCCCUCGGAUCGUUGCAAGAGAUUUCUUAAAGCACAAUUUUUUGGAGUUAUGAAUGUAACAGGACAGAGGGAGCGAGGAAAUAAUGGAAGAAGUAAAGAAAAAAAAUUGGACAAUAAUGUCAUGAGAGUAAAGAGCUGUUUACAAUACUGAACUUGUCCAUGUUCUUGUCUGCCAAAAUAGUAUGAGAUACUAUGUGUAUAUAUGGAGUUUCCUGUUACCUUUUUUUCUGCAGAGUGCAUCAUUUUAUUAUUGUAUACUUGGAAAUAUAAGAUUUAUUUUAUAAAAGAUAUAUGAACAUGUAUGUGGAAAAACAAAAAGUUUUAUUUGUCUGUAGAUAUCUGAUAACGGUUGUCACUAGAGAAGUGACCUCCGUGUUUUCCUGGCGGAGAGCUCCUGCGUGUCGAGACAGAAAGACUAAUAAUAGAAUGUAUUCAUACUGUUUGGGGUGCAAACAACAGCAAAAAUCACAACCAGCAACUGCAUGAGAAGGAACUACGACUCACUCAAAAAACUGUUUGGACGUUGACACAUUUUCAUAUUUCAGAAUUUGAUUUGGGAAUAUGUUAGACCUUUAUUUUUGGGGCAUGGUCCUCCCAUUUUAGGAUGUUGUAAGAAUGAAAUCCAAAUCAACUUUAUGCUCAAAGUGUUGUUUUUUUUCUCCCCAGGUGUGCUCCCAACCAAUUCUGUUAUUUAAAACACCCAAAUGAGAAAUCAGCUCUGGCUGGUGUGAAAACUCAUUCCCUUGAUUACUUGUAAUCAUUUGGUUCAGUUAUUUUUCUGUGCAGAAAUGAGUGAAUAAGUCUCGCAGGAAACCAACGUGAUGUGUUUGGAUCUGGAACUGUGAAUGGGAGGACAUGCACAAAAACAAAGACUAGUUUCAUUUUAAUCGUGCAGUUCAAGGUUCGAUAGUUUAAAGAUGUGUCUCACUGUCCAGUACCCAUGAGCUCUGCUAUGUUUCAUCAGUCACUGUUCAGUGCAAAGUGCAGUUCACCUACUUGCAGUGUUAUGAGAUUUGGUCUGGGGAACCGCUGUGCGACUUAUUUCGGACGGCUCAAGUGGUUCCCGUCUGCCAGACAAAUCAAGCGAGUCACAACACUUUGAUAACCCUUUGUAAGAAUUUAAACUCAGGUCUGGUGAGAUGGUCGAGAAGGAUGUGAACUUCACGGUAGUAAUAGCUUCAUAACCAUUCCUGGUGACAAAGUAGUAUUUCAUCCACAAUUACCCUGUGAUUAAUUGUGCCACGUUACUGCUGACUAAAACCUACUGUAUCAGUUGAUAAAGUAGGAAGUGAGAAAAGAGUUUUAGUCUUUGAAAAUGCCUUUCCCCACAUGCUGCUUAUAUAGUGCUCUUGCUUGCUAUUCAUUUAACAGUCUAUAUUUGUCUUUUAUUUCAGAUCUCAUAUAGGAAAGUUCUACUAACUUUCUACUGGCUGGAUAAAGGAUGCUUCAAAAUGAUCAGUCCAUGACAUGUUGCCAUCUUUACACGAGCUACUGUAUGUGGACAAAAGUAGGGCUCAACGGUUUGAGGAAGAUAUCGAAUAAUUUCUGAUCAAACUUGCGAUUGGGAUUUAAAUUGCAAUUCUACAAACCUGUAUUUGUGCUCUACAUAGUAUUUAUAACUAAUGGACAACUAAGUUAGCAUUGUGUUAAUGCUUUAGUUGACAGCUGUGCACUGUAGCUGCCUAAACUAAUAAUAUUAAGGUGAUAAGCUUAAAUUGAUGAUGUAUAUAAUGUGCUUAAAGCUCCAUCUCUUGCAUUAGUUGUUCGGCCCUAUACAAAAGCUGUUAAAUCUAAAAAGGAAAAACACGGUAGUAAAUAUAUCCAAAGACCUGCUAUAAGUCUGUACACAUUAGCCUUAAAAAAUAAAGUUGGCAUAACUGUGGCCAAGUCUUGCAUUAAAGUAUUUUCAUGGAUUUUUUGCUCAUUAAUUUAGUCAAAAUAUUGAUCACCAGCAAGAAAUGUAUUCUCUGAAUUAACUUAUGAAUUUCUAAAACAGGCAGUAAUUCACUCUCUUGACACAAGGCAUUUAGACUGUUGAAUGAAGCCCAAGCAUUUUCUUUAAAUGUUCGUCUGCAGCUCUUUUAUUUCCCCCCUCAGUGCUCACAAUGUUGUGCUCUUUGGUUUUAAAUACUGUCCACACCUCCUGCAGACAAGACAAAAAAGACGUUGUCUCUGAAUUUCAGUACUGUGCCAGUCGGCGUAUUUAUGAUUGUUGUUGGGAUGAAAAAAAAAGAGGCAUUUCAACUGUACUCCAGUCUCAUCUCUUUAUCUGUCAAGUCCACAAAAAAAAAAAAAAAACCUCUGAAUAAACAAUGUUGGAUAUA